GGAAGCAAGUAAAGGAGAGGUAUUGAGUAAUUAGGGUUUUUGAUAUAUCAGAAAGCGCAGCCUCAGCCUCUGCUUUGUGAAGAUGGGUCACUCUAACAUCUGGAACGCUCACCCCAAGAACUACGGCCCUGGUUCCCGCACCUGCCGUGUGUGUGGAAAUCCACAUGCAAUUAUUAGGAAGUAUGGACUCAUGUGCUGCAGGCAGUGCUUCCGCAGCAAUGCCAAGGAAAUUGGUUUCAUAAAGUACCGCUGAUCGGGGCCAGUUUCAGUAGAGGAUCUCUUCAUAUGGUGCAAUGGGAUUCUUUUGAUUUAUGUUAGCGGAUUUAUAGUGGAUUGCUUUCAGACUUAUAUAUCACUGUGUUUAGCUUUGUUUCAGUGUUCUAUUUUCAUCUACUUUUUUCCCUACAUAACUCUUUUGUUAGUGGGAUUGAAUUGAUGGGGAUUUAAGUUCCCAAAUGAGUACCUUAUAAUAUCGUUUUAUGUCAAUGAAAUAGUCAGAAUUA